AUGUAUUUGCAGUCUCGACUCACAUGCAGUCGAGCCAAAUGCCAUGAGGAAUUUCGUCCAGUGCCCGAGAGGCACUGCAAGAAGGAGACAAGACCUCUCAACCCAGUGCUCGAGUGGGAUUCUCGCUCAGGCGCUUUGAGCAAUCAUCAAAGCCAUCUGCUGCCAGGCCUCUGUAGUUUUGCUGUCCUCUUUAUUACUAAAGUUGAACAACACUGUCUCCAGCUUUGA